AAUGGAUGCGAGCCGAGCUUCGUGAGGACCCCAAAUACAACUACACGACCAAGUAUUUCACAACGUUCAUCGACCAUUUCGGAUUCGCCACAAACGCCACCUUCCGCUUGAGAUAUCUAGUAAACGACCAGUACUGGCGUCCUGAGAGACCAAUAUUUUUCUAUACGGGCAAUGAAGGUGACAUCACACUGUUCAGUGACAAUACCGGUUUUGUAUGGGAAAUUGCACCGGAAUUUGAGGCUCUCGUCAUUUUUGCUGAACACAGAUAUUACGGCGAAUCUCUUCCGUUCGGUAACGAAUCGUUCAAAGAUGCUGCACACACUCAGUAUUUGACGUCAGAGCAGGCGUUGGCAGACUUUGCAACCUUGCUGAUUGAUUUCAAACAGUCGACCGAGGGGGCUGCGCAUAGUCCGGUUGUUGCAUUCGGUGGGUCGUAUGGCGGUAUGCUGGCGUCGUGGUUCAGGAUGAAGUAUCCGAAUGUGGUGGGCGGCGCUAUUGCUGCAUCCGCUCCCAUAUUGCAGUUUACUGGAGUCACCCCUUGCGAUUCGUUCUCCAAUAUUGUCAGUGCCGACUUUUGUGGAGCGAGCGAAACGUGUUGCAAGAACAUCAAGACGUUUUGGAGCACCAUGAAUGAUACACUGGGCAAAGCGGAUGGCUUAGGAAUUGUAUCGGAUAUAUUUCGAUUAUGCAAGCCACUUUCGUCAGAAAGGUUGGCAUACGAUGUCAUGGAAGGCUGGAUUAGUAACAUUCUUGGUAACUUCGCAAUGUGCGACUACCCUUACCCUGCAAAUUUUCUCACCCCUCUACCUGCUCAUCCUAUCAAUAAGUCGUGUGAGUUCCUCAACACGCCGCUGUCCGGAGACGACCUAUUGAAGGGUGUGGCGAAUGUCCUAAAUUUGUAUUUCAACUACACCGGUUCAGUCGAUUGCUUGACUGUUGGAUCACAAGGAACGUCGAGACUAGGCGAUCAAGGGUGGGGGUAUCAAGUGUGUACGGAGAUGGUUAUGCCUAUGUGUAGUAUUGACAAUAUGUUUCCAGCUAGCAGAUGGGAUUAUGAUUUCUUUGCCGAGGAAUGUCGCAAGCAGUGGGGUACCGUUCCCAGGCCGAUGUGGAUUCCCAUACAAUAUGGUGGCAAGGAUAUCACAGCGCAUAGUAAUAUCGUGUUCAGUAAUGGAAACCGUGACCCCUGGUCUGGCGGUGGAGUAUUGACCAAUAUGUCGGCAUCGCUUAUUGCCAUUGUGAUCGAAGGUGGAGCCCAUCACUUAGAUCUACGAGCAUCUAAUCCAGCCGACCCUCCUUCUGUUAUCGAGGCUCGUCUGACAGAAAGAGCUUACAUUAACGAGUGGAUACAUGAAUGGAAUGGCUGAUGCUUAACUUAAUUAAACUUGCGUUUCUAGCCACUACUGUUUGUGGGUAGUUGCCAAAACAGACAAUUUGUAUGGCAAAUUUGAAAUCACACAACAGUG